GUGACGACAAACAAACAGAAAAAACUAUAUGAUGAAUAGCAAAUGGCAAUUCUGCGUUUCACAAUCACAGUUGAGGAUAAAUCAGUAAUUCAAUAUUUUGAACACAAUUAUUUUGCUUAAGACCGGUUCUUCACCAAACGGAAUUCCCCAACCUUAACAAAAACGCAAAUAUAUGAUGAUUCUUUUCACCUCAACCGCAUAAUUCUAAAUUUCCACUGCAAAAAUCAGCGUCACCUGCGUUCUAAAAUCCAAACACGGUCUUAAAUAAUCCAAACGCAGUCUGUACUGUCAUCGUUCCAAUUAAUCCAUUCCAACAAAACACCGUUUCUAUUUCGUUUUUAUUCCCCGUUAGUUAUAAUAACGUGUCAUUCUUUCCUUUGUUCAUAUUUCGGCACAUAACGGCGCCGUCAAAUUCCCCGUUUUAAGAUUCCCCCGUCACUAUUAACGGAGACUGGACCACACCUACACCACACCAAGAGCCCACACCACUACGAGAAAGCUAUCAUCCAAUCCUAGCCGUUCAUUUUUCUUAUCAUCACAAUUUUUCGUCGUCUCCGUACUACACGCGCGUAACAUCUCUCUCUCUCUCUCUCUCUCUCUGAAAUUAACAAAACCAGAAAAAACGCAGAAAGCAUCAACACCUGAAAAGUAAGAGAGUGAGGUGUGAAGAAAUUCGAAUCGCAGUCUCAGAAAAACGUACUUUGCAUAGUUUCAUCAAUGGAGAUUUCUCAGGUAGGUGUCAGGACACGAUCUCGAGCUGCAUUAGCCAUGGAAGAAGAAGCUACAAGCUCAGCCGCACAACGAAUUUCAAAGAGAAGAAAGAUCAACAACAGAAACGAAAACCGUAAAUUAUCAAAAAAGUCACCGACGGUUUUACCGGAACUAGACCCGUCCUCCGGUUCUAUCUCCGACGAAGAAUUUCCGGCGUCAUGUUGUUCAAGCAAUGGAUCCGAUGGAAUCACUGAAGAAAGGAUCAAAUCGUUAGAUCUAGAGGUGGAGAGUGCGCAAGUUGAAACGUCGACGUGCAAUUGUGGUGAAGAAGAAAAACAGAGGAGAGAGAUGAAUCGUUCAAGCGAGUUUCAAGGAAAUUCUCAAGAGACAAAUUCUCACCGUCAAAAUUCAUCUCCAAAAAAUAUGCCAACAGAAUUUGAACUUGAUGAAUUUUUCUCUGCUGCUGAGAAAAACAUUCAGAAAAAGUUUCAAGAAAAGUAUAAUUAUGAUAUUGUGAAGGACGUUCCAUUGAAAGGACGCUACGAGUGGGUUGAGUUGAAGCCAUGAAAGUUAACGUAACGUAACAAACUCUAUGUAUCUGUUCAAAAUCGAAUUACUUUCCACUUUGCUGACAUUUUUUUCCUUACUUUUUUAGUCUAGGUAUUUGAAUUUGAAUUAAUCUAUGUUUCUAUGUCAAUUUGAGAGUACUCUUUAAUUAUUAUUUAGUGUACAGAUUUAAUAUUUGGAAGUGUGGGUUAUUUAAUUUAUGGUGGUGAAUGAAGAAGAAAAAUUAAUCUGGUU